AUGGUUACGUUCAGCAACAAGGUGAUGGACUACGAGGAGAUUGAUGAAGAAGAGGAACGGGACAAGACCAUUCGACGGGGUAGUAUGGUGCAAGAACCCGACCGGCACUUUCACUGCUCAGACUGCGGACUGUGGUUCAGGAGGCUGGAGCAUUUGCAGAGGCAUGCCUUAGUGCAUUCUGGAGAGAAGCCGUUUGUGUGUACUGUUUGCGACAGAGGAUUCAACCGCUUUGAUGCUCUUCAGCGUCACUCAAAAAUCCACAGAAACCAUCCCCGUCCCAAAAGGCCUCGUCGCAAACCUGUGCGCAAACCCCGCACCAAACAUAUUUUUCACUACUACGAUACCAGCACAAAAACGCCUGAGGACCUUACGAAUGCUGCUGCUAAAUCGGCCGAACCAGAAUCCGCCCCGGUCGUCCCAGACAAUUUUACCCGCCUUGCACAAGAAGCAACCCUCAAAAUUAUACAAGAUACCAAGGCUGGCAAAGCAUACCUGGCCUGCCCCAUCAAGGGGUGCGAUGAACGAGUCGAAAGCAGGCACGCAACGACUCAUAUGAACUUGGAUAAGCGUAGUGAGGACCCGGAGCACACUAGCUUGGUUCACACUGCGGUAUGCAGAAGGGAUAUUGAGAAGGACUUGUUGGCUCUUGAAGAGCAUGUUGUUUCGCACGGUAAACAUGUGAUUGGGUUGGACGUUUUGGCAGAGUGCUGUGCAGCUGUUUUGGAUGCUGACAAAGAGCCGUGUGCGGGUUGUAUGAAGGUUUUUAGGAACAGGGUGGAGGAUUUGGUCGAUUGAGUUCAUGCAAAAGUGCAUUUUGGGACAAAUAUUUUGUGUUCAGUUUUUUCUUUUCGGUAUAUAAAUCCGUAUUUUUGUGUUGGUAUGUCAAUAUUGUGAUUCGGUUCAUGUUUGAAGCA